AUGACCGACCGAUCUCUCACCGGAGCCUGCCUCUGCGGGAACAUCACGUAUCGCAUCGACCUGCCUUCCGACCAGCCUGCCCCUCCAAUAAUCCUCUGCCACUGCACCAGCUGCAAACGCUACACAGGGUCCGGCUUCUCAUCCAACAUCGUGAUCCCCCUCUCCGCACUGCACUUCCUCACCGGCACGCCCAAGCUCUACAUGAGUCCGUCGGAGGUGAACGGGCUCAUCCGGCGGCAGUUCUGCGGCGACUGCGGAUCGCCGCUGACCUCGGAGCCGAAGCAGGGCGAGGGCCAGUCGGUUGUCGUGAAGUCGGGGACGUUGGACGAGGCGUCGCGCGAGGCGUGUGGGGCGCUGACGGCGGAGAUCUGGUAUCAUCGGAAGGAUGGGUGGGUUGAUCAGGUUGGUGGGGAGGGGGUGGUGAAGGUUAGUGGGAGUACGACUUGA